CUCCGUCGCUGCCGUGAGUUCAGUCCGUUCAGUGGUGCACGAUCGGUCGCGUGAUACGCAUGUCGAGAGGCACGCGGAUCGCGGGUGAAAGAGAGCCGAGAGAGCAAAACUAAAAGAGCACCGAGAGUCGCAGACGCGCGCGCGCGCGCAUACGUACAUUGCACGCACACGGCACUGCAUAUUGCCUCUGCUCUACUCUGCUACGCUCUGCUCUACUCGCGAUCAGUUACUUUCCAUCUACCAUUUUUCGCUCGCGCGCUAUCCCGUACGCGCGCGUGUUUCUCGACUGAAGUUCGCCGAAGGACGGACCUUCAUCUCUCAUCGUUCGGCGACCAACUUCUCGCCGUACGGCGCGCGGCACGCAGCGAGAUUCGACAACGUGAGCGGCCCGUAACAUGAAAACACUUAUGGAGAAUCAGCUGUCCUGGCUCGCGCUGUUCAUGACCGCCUUGUAUUCCCUGCUCGCUAGCUGCCGAGGUGAAGAGUGCGGACACGACGAGCUGGCGAGGUGCGCUAGGCCCCUCGAGAGAAUCAGCAACAGCGACCUGAGUUUCGUCACGAAAAAGGAGGAUAUCGACAAACUAUGCCCAGAUCUCGAGGCAGGUAUGAAAUGCAUCAAAAGGUAUACGAUUCAUUGCAUGCAGGAGAAGCAGCGGGAGCACUUCAACUCUCUCUACACCGGUACCAACAUGGCUAUCAUGGAGCUUUGCCAAGACGGCCCGUACCAGGACGAAUUCUUGAAGCACGCGCCGUGCAUGCAAAAAUCCAGAGCCGAAUACGAGUUGUGUUACAAAUCGUAUCAGAAGACUCAAUCGCUAAUGGCCAACCGCUCAAUGGGACAGCAAGACAUCAAGUCCCUUUGCUGCGCCUUCCAGGAGUACUUGGAAUGCUCUCAUCAUACGGUGCGCCGUCAGUGUGGCGAUGAUACAGCGCGAUUCACGAAGGACUUUCUCGACAGAAUGUCAAACUCGCUGAUAAGCGCGCACUGUAACACCGAAUGUAACGUGUUCAGCGGUACUUCAACGCUAAAUCUCUCUGCCAUUAUGCCAAUGACGCUUAUUCUCCUUAUGAGGUACUUUACGUAAUUGGUCUCGUUGUCAGUCAAGAUUAUUUUUUAUCUUCGAAAGAUAGAGAACGGGGAAACGAGAGAGGGAGGGAUAUACAGAGAAAAGGAAUCGGAGGAAGAAGAACGGAGAGAUGAGGAGGAGGGCACUCCUAGAACACGGAGAACAGGAGGCAGCCCAUUGGGCUUUUAUCGUGCUUUGCUUCAGAGAGAAUAUAUUCCUUAUUUUCGAAGAGUUCUCGGAGAAAGGCUGAAGAAGAGGCCGAAGCGAUCAAAGGAGAAGAAAGGAGAGCGUCGAGGCAAAAGAGGAUAUCGAGAGGGAGAAAAAAGAGAGAGAGACACAGGGGAGGAGAAGCAGCGUUUCUUUUUCCGAAAAGAAUAUAUUUUUCAUUUGCAAGAUGAUGCGAGAGAUCGCAAUAAUCACGAUUACGGAAGCAAGCAACAACGAGAGAUUGGUAUUAAGAACUAAGGGGGGAGGGGGGCGAUGGAGGAAAGGAGGAUACUUGAGAAAUAUGUUAUGAAAAAGCGGAAGGAAGAAGAAGCGGGAUCGCAGAAGGGGAUUUCCAGGACGACUCUCUUCCACACACGUCACGGAGAUAUCGCGAAUCAAACGAUAAAGCUGACGCGAUAUACCGGAGAAUCCUUUCAAUCGAUCGUUCAAUGCGAUCCGCUAGUCCGUAUCGAUACCGCUACGCAAGACUGAUUCGAUUUUUGUGCGGUUUUGUUGCGAGAUAAGAAUGAAAUAAAAAUACUCCUUAUUAACCGGCGAGAGAUCCUUCGCAGGCUGUCCUUUGGAAUGGCCGCGCGCGUAUGCUGUUCUGGCGAGUACGCGAAGUAGGAUCUGAUCUUCGGGAAUACGUGGCGUUUAAAUGAAGUCGGCGAAAAAGACGACAAAGGUAAGACAUUUAUAGCGAGAGGGAGGAAGGCAAACGCGUCUUCCCGGCACGUUUUCGCCUCGAUUUUGAAAAAGGGCGCUCGUGCGGAACGAACGAACGAACUAUCGUCGCCCUGAAAUCAAUUUCACCGAAUAAUCGCGAUCUACCGAUUCGCGAUAGAAAGAAGGAAGCUCGGCGAGCAAUGUCUUCGUAGAGUAGAGAAUUUCUGCUCGAUCAGAGAACAGCGGCGGUGCGUUCCUUCACGCGCGCGCGCGCGAGAGUAGCGAGCGUGUUUCGUUAGAAAAUGCGAUUGCCGCGUCUUUUCGACAAGCACGUGUCCCUUUGCUGAAAGUUAAAAAGACAUCGAAAUUGACACGUUAUCACGACUCAUCCGAAAUGGAAAGUUUUCGAGAGAGGAUCGGUGUAACUGUAACUCGCCCUCGGAAUAUACAGCGAGCCGUAACGAAGCUUCGAAGCUAGGUAUGUCAAACUAAUUUUCCCUCCACGGAUUAUACGAGCACUGCCGCGCUAUAUGUCAGAGGCCACGUACUUUCAAUAUUUGCGAAAUGAGCGAGAUCCGAAAGUUUGAAGAGUACUUUUUAAUUCCGUCGUCAUAAUGUGGCUUUUAAAAAAGUUUUAAAAUUCUUUCUCAUCAGAAUGCAUAGAGAAUCACGGGGGAAUUUUGCGCAAUUGAAAAUAACCGAGAGAUAAUUAGACGACCGGAGAUAGCAGAAAGAAUCGUCCAUCGAUAAAAAUCUUCGUUUAAUAUCCGUAAAUGAUACUCGUGCGCGUAAAUAUUUGCGAGAUGCUGUUCAUACAAAUGAAACAAAUAUAGAACUCGAGGUGUGUUUGUGAGGCCACGUGUUGUGGGCCAUUUGCGGUGCAUUUGGCACGUUUUGCUCGAGGCACGACCGGUUUGUACAAAUGUCACGCGAAAUCCUAGCUAGAACCGGAUACGGAUGGGUCUAUAUUUUUCUGAGAUCUGAUGUAGUGUUGUACGUGUUACCUAAUAAGGACACACGCGCACGAUCGCGAUUGUACUCGCUGCACAAAUGAUAGUAUUAGCACUUGCAUUGUCGUGUCUUAAUUAUUAAGUAGAUGGAAAGAAUGACUGUGAGAGUGCCGGUGUGAGAAAGUAUGUGUGGCCAUAUUUUCACGUCGAGUCGAUUUUCGUCACUGAGGUAUCACGCCGUCAUUGAAUUUGCAUGUUGCAUUAUGGCGUUUAGAUAAAUUUUAUUGAAAUAAAGUUUAUUUGUCUAUACAAUGUUAGAAAUACUUUGAGGGGAGGUUUAUGCUCUUUCAAAUGUUUCAAACAUUUCAAAAAUCACCGAACCGGCUGGCGAAAUGUAGCGCUCUUAGUAGGUUUUAGUUUUUACCAAAGAAAAAUUCAUUUUUUGUAACGAGAAGAUAAUUCGAUUAACUGAAAACUUUUAUGGCAUGUUUGUUACAUUAUUGUCCAUGUCGUAAAUUAAUUAAUUGUAACCAAUUGUUUGGUUUAUGAGUUAUAAAAUCCAUAUGAGAAAGUCACGGCAUUUAAUCAAAUGUGUCCCAUUCACGCAAUUAUCGAUAUUUCUCUAUUAUCCUGCGCGCCGUGCCAUUCGGAAUAUAAUGCAGAUUAAUAAUCUAGAAAUUAAAUUCCCUUCAACAGGGAGCACGUUUAUCGAUAGCCUUACCCAUAUAUGUGUGUAUAAUGCGUACUCGAUGUCGACAUCAUUUGUAAUUUAUCAUUUCCUAGAGAAUUCCGCGCUUUUAACGGCGCAAUGUUAAAACAAACGGUGAAUUUUCCGUGAAAGAGAAUACGUUUUUCUUUUUUUUUUAUAGAUUUUCCGAAAGUCGUGUAGCUUCCCCGUUUAAUCGGGGGGGGGGGGAGAUCGUGGUAUGCGUGGAACACAGAGAUAUUUAUUUGUAAUAUAUAGCUGAUUAAGAAAGCAUUGUAAAUAUCAUCGAGCUGUCGAGCUUAAGAAAAAUGUAAGAUAACUUAAAUACAUUCACAAUAAAAUUCAUUAUAUUUUUA